AGAAAAAAAGAAAACAGGUUCUUUUUGUGUUGCGUGUUCUUGGUCUCUCUGUUGAUUCUUCUUCUCAGUUAUACUGUGUAUUUGUCUUGUCUCUAUUCGCUUCACCGGUUGGAGUUCCGGCAACUACGUCGCCGGCGGAGAUUUUGUUGUUUAUUUUUCCCAUCACUUCUGAAACUUUCAGAGAAAAAAAAAAGAAUGUUUCUUGUUGAUUGGUUUUAUGGAAUUCUGGCAUCACUGGGUCUGUGGCAAAAGGAGGCGAAGAUUUUAUUCCUAGGGUUAGAUAAUGCUGGGAAGACCACUUUGCUUCACAUGCUCAAAGACGAGAGAUUAGUUCAGCAUCAACCUACUCAAUUUCCAACGUCGGAGGAGUUGAGUAUUGGGAAGAUAAAAUUCAAGGCCUUCGAUUUGGGUGGCCACCAGAUUGCUCGCAGGGUCUGGAAGGACUAUUACGCUCAGGUGGAUGCUGUAGUCUACCUAGUUGACGCUUUUGAUAAGGAAAGAUUUUCAGAAUCAAAGAAGGAGCUGGAUGCUCUUCUUUCUGAUGACUCACUAGCAAAUACACCUUUUCUUAUCUUGGGAAACAAGAUCGACUUGCCUUAUGCUGCCUCAGAGGAUGAGUUACGUUAUCAUAUGGGUUUGACUAACUUUACUACAGGCAAGGGCAAGGUGAAUCUGACUGACUCCAGUGUCCGUCCUUUGGAGGUGUUCAUGUGCAGUAUUGUACGCAAGAUGGGAUAUGGUGAGGGCUUUCAGUGGCUCUCUCAGUAUAUUAAAUAGGGAAAUCAAAUAGACAACACUGUGCUGUUGCUGUCUCUGCAUUAGCAUUGUAGCUUUUAGACGUCUCUUCUCAUGUAAAUUGGAUACAUCAAUCGCUGUUAAACUUUUUAUUAGUUAUGAGACAUGCUUGUUUCUAUAUUUUGGUAAGAGCUGUCAAGCUUGUGUUGCAGUCUAUAUCGGUUAUUAAAAAUGCAGAAUUAAUAAAUUGUGACUUGAAUAUUGGAA